GGCAAACUCCAGUGGCUCGACCGUGGACUCAAGAUUUCAUCUUUCAAGGAAACUGAAGCAGCUUUGACCAUGACACUCAAGCUGCCAUCCCGGUUGCAUCCCUCUUUGUUGGAAUUAAAAUCACAAAUACAAAAAACAGCCGAAUCAGAACUGGAGCAAUGGAUCUCACAGCACAACUACAUUGCUCUGCAAUCCACCAAAAUACAGGUCGAUGUGACCAAACAACCAAAACCGGUCCAAAAAGUCAAGGCUUCCACUAUUCAUUUGUCGGACGAAGAAGAAACGCCAGAAGACCAACUAGGACCCGGUCUGGCCAAUGUGUCGCAAUUUCUUGCCGUGUACAGCUGCAAGGGCGGCGUGGGGAAAAGUACCGUGGCCGUCAACCUGGCAUAUGAAUUGGCACGCCAGGGAGGAAAGAUCGGAUUGUUGGAUGUCGAUAUUUACGGUCCCAGCCUUCCUAUACUUGUAAAGCCAGAGGAUCCGGUGGUCCGACAAUCACCACUGGGGGCAGGAAUGGUAUAUCCUAUUUCCCACAAGGGUGUCAAACUCUUGUCGUUGGGAUUUGUGUCGUCCAAGAGUGGAGUCCCUGGCAGUGGGCCCGAAAGUGGCAGUGCCAUUAUGCGAGGACCCAUGGUGGGUCGAGUGGUCACUCAAUUACUCAAAGGAACGGAUUGGGGUGACUUGGAUGUCUUGGUCUUGGACUUGCCACCGGGUACGGGAGACGUGCAACUCACGGUGUGUCAAGACAUUCAGUUGGAUGGAGCCGUCGCCGUCACGACGCCGUCCAAGCUGGCUACCGAAGAUACUCGCAAGGGAAUUCACAUGUUUUCGUCUCUGGGAGUAUCCACCAUGGCACUGGUGGAGAACAUGUCCUACUUUGUGUGCGACGGUGGCGGGAAACACUAUCCCUUUGGCAAAGGACAGCAAGAAGCGUUGUUGCAAGACAAAUCCAUCAAUCCAGCCAAUAUCGUGUCGUUGCCAAUUUCGUCCUUGGCCAAUGACGCUACAGAACAGGGAGAACCGAUUGCCCUGACGCGGCCGGAACGAGCCACAGAGGAACUCGAUGCAUUGCAAAAACUGGCCACGAUCAUCUCCAAAGAGCUCUUGCUCGCGCAAUUUACACAACCCGAUAGCUUUGUGCGGCUCGAUGGUGUCGAUUUCCCCCUGGAUACCAUGGCGUGUUCCAUUGGAAAGGAUGGGGCCGAGUUUGUGGUUCGCUUGUACUCGGAUGCCGGAGCCACCAAGAUUCAACUUCCAGCGUUUCAACUUCGAGCCCGUGAUCCCAAAACUGGAGAAAUCAUGCCGGGAGAAUCUCUUGAACAACCCGAAAGGAGCCCCAAGACGCUGCCCUCGACUGUCGAGAAGAAGGGCCACUAUGGUUUUACGGUCGAAUGGGCUGACAGAGCCACACUGAUAUACUCCUUGCAAGCUGUAGCCAAGGCUGCACAAGGAGCUGCCCAGGGCAAAAUAUAG